AUGGGAACAGCUGAGAAUCAAGCAGAUGAAUCUGCGCGGGCGACAAUGGGAAACAGAGAUGAAGCUAUCGCCAUAGUGGGCGAGGAACAACAUGCCAUUGAUCCUAUUGUUGCCGCACGCGCUGUGAGGAAGAUUGACAUAUUUCUCAUUCCCGCCAUGAUCGUCGGCUAUGGUCUGGUAUACUACGACAAAGCCAUUCUUGGCUCAGCCGUUCUCUUCGGCAUGACAACUGAUCUCGAUCUCACUGUCGUCGACAACUCAACUACGCCACCAACCGUCGAUACGCGCCGUCUCAGCUGGGCAACCUCACUCUUCUACUUUGGUAUGCUGGCGGGUUUGUAUCCCAUGACUUUCGCCCUGCAACGCUUCGACAUCGGUCGCGUACUGGGUGGCGUGGUCAUCGUCUGGGCUGCGAUAUGCAUGCUCACCGCCGCGGUGACGUCCUACCAAGGGCUUUACGUGCAGCGAUUCUUUCUCGGCUUUGUUGAGAGUAUCAUCCCUACGGGGUUUAUGUGUAUCGUCUCAGGAUACUAUACUCAGGCGGAGCAAUCUUUGCGACAGAGCUGGUGGUUCUCAUCGACGGGCAUUUUCACAAUCAUUGGAGGAGCGCUGAACUAUGGUUUUGCACAGAUUACAGGUGGCGGAUUGAAGCGAUGGCAGUACAUCUACCUCCUCGCUGGCUCUCUGACGUUUCUGUUUGGGCUGUUCUGCUUCAUCAUGCCCAAUUCGCCCGUCUCAGCGUGGUUCCUUACUUCUGAAGAGAGGUUUGCGGCUGUGGAGCGUCUGCGACAUGGACAAACGGGUGUACGAUGCACGAAAUUCAAGGGAUCGCAGCUAAAAGAGGCCAUUCUUGAUGUCAAGAUCUGGCUCAUCGCUCUCAUGAUGGCAUCGGCCUAUACUGUUAAUGGCGCCGUCAGUGGUUUCGGACCUCUUAUCGUCUCGACCUUCGGCUGGAGCACUCUUCACUCGAUCCUAUUCCAGUUCCCCCUCGGCGGACUGUGCUUCAUCGUUAUUCUCCUUACCGGCUGGCUGGGAUCCAAGUUCAACAACAUCCGAAUCUUCAUGCUCGUUUUUACAUGUCUACCAGUCAUUGCAGGCUGCGCAAUCAUCUGGAAGAGUGAGUGGUCGUAUCGUGCUGCUGCGCCUGUGGUGGGAUAUUCCAUCACUGGCUUCUUUGGAGGCACAGUGAGUCUUAUCAUCACAAUUGGCAUGUCCAAUGUCGCUGGACAUACGAAGAAGAGCUUCAUGGCGGCCACGAUUUUUGUAGCGUACUGUGUUGGAAAUAUCGUUGGUCCUCAACUUGUUUGGAGUCAGACCAAGAAGGACCAUUAUCCUGCUCUUUGGCUGGGCUUGAUUAUCUGCUACAUCAUUUGUAUUCUUGCAUCGACUACUCUGUACUUUGUACUUCGUAAUGAGAAUAAGAGGAGGGAUGCGUUGGGGCUAGGAGAUGAGAGCGAGCGAGCCAAGUUGGCUUUCCAGGACUUGACGGACAAGGAGAACACUUAUUUCCGCUACAUGUACUAA